GAACAGUUUAAUCUGCAGUGAAAUUCUGUAAAUAUGGAUGAGAAACCUUCGAUUUCUAAAAAUUCCUUGUUUGAUAUCUUUAAAAAUAACAACGAAGCUGCUUUACGAUCUCCAACUCCUAGUCAUUUACUAAAUCGAUCUGGGAAUUCUGCUUUCAAGACUCCUCCAUUUGGGUCAACACCGGUCAAUUAUAAUAAUAUUCCUUUGCAUCUGGGGAACGAACAUUUGUUUUUAAGUCAACAAUUUCAUAACACAUCAGCUAAUGAUUAUGAUCCAGAAGAAAAUUUUCCCUCUUUUUCCUCUUCUGUGUCUACCUCGACUAUCUUGUCUAAUUUAUCUCCGUCGUCAAUAUACUCGCCUCAUUCGCAAAAUCUAGGGCAUGGUUUUGCAGAGGCUACUAUUAUACCAGGAAAUAGCUUGCAGAACCCACUUAGUUUUAGUAGCUUUCAGCCUAACUUAUCAUCUAUUACCGGAACUUUCUUAGGAAGUUCAUAUGGAAGGAUGGAAAACCAACCAAAACAUCCAAUUAGACCAUUUCCUGUGCGAGGGGUUUCUCCGCAGUUACAUUAUACACGUGGCUCGUUUUCAAAAGAUUUUAAACCUUCUAGUAUAGUAUUAUCUUUAAAUGACAAUAAUGACAAUGACAAUAUUAACAAUGAUAGCAUCAGUAACAUUGAUAAUACAUCAUUAGUUAAUGAUAAUAGUAAUUCACCACGUCAAGAUGAAGAGAUUAAAAUGGUUUCUCUCGAUAAUGAAGAUCUCGAAUCAAUAAGUUAUCAAUAUGACUUUGAAAUAUUUGAUAAGAGCAAACAAGUAAUACAAGAAAGUCAAAGCAAUCAAAUAGAACCUUCCGAAGAUGACAAAUGUUUAGAGCUCGUCAAAUGGCAUCUAAAAAUCAUAUCUAUUAAAGAUAUACCUGUUUCGGAGAUACCAGAGGGAAUUAUACCGGAGGGAACUGACUUUUGGAUGAUCCUGUCGGGUAUCGUAAAUGGAACACGUGAUAAAUGGCACAGUGGUGCAGUAAUUGCAAGAGAACAUAAUAGGCGUGUGCAAACUGCGAAAGACAAAUCAUAUAUACUAAUUGGGAAAUUAUCAGCUAAAAAAAUGAAAGCAGAUGGUUUUUCUGAAGGAUUGAUUAAAGCGUUUGAGGAUGGAUUUCCGGAGAAUUGGCGAGAACUAUUACUUGCUGAUUUAAAAUCCUUGAAUGACGAAAUAAGUCUUUCUUUUAAGGAAAGAUGUAAUCUUCGUGAGGAAAAUUCGUCUCGUGAAAAACGUAGUAAUUCUGAGGAAGAAAGUGCCCCUCAAAAGGAGAGUAGUAGAAUUUGUGAAGAACAAAACGAAGUAGGCCCACUUCUUGAGGAAAAUGUUUCUCACGUUGAAACUCCAGAGAAAAAAAUUACUCCACGUCUAGAAAAUAAAAGUUCUAGUAAAAGACGGUUUAAAACACCUGACCAAAAACAAAGAAGUAUUGUAACAUCAUCUGGUCGUCUCAUACGAGCCCCCGGUAACUGGUGGGAAAUCAAACCCGUUAAGCCCGAACCAAACGUGAAGGAAGAACCUAAACGACGAAGAUUCUCAAAACGCAUUCUAUUGUCAACUGAAAAGAAUACACCCCCACCAUCAUCAUCAUCCACUACCGAAGAACAUACCCCAACGUCAAAAACUGAAGCGAAAAAAAGGAACCGGAAACAAUUUUAUAGAGGGACUCGAAAGCGACGUGCUUCACGGAAGGGCAAUACAACUGGAAAUAAGAUGGAAGCUUUUCAUGAAGAGAAGUCAGAUAAAGUAAAUGCUGAAAAAACUACGGUUGACAUGCCACGCCACGAGGUUUACGUUCUUGUUGAAACUGGUAAAUCUAAAUAGAAGAUUUGCUAUUAUACAGGAUUUUCUUAUAUCAAAUAAAAUUUGUACAUUUUAUCGUAAUCAUUCAUGAUCAUUCGUAAUAAUUUGUAGUCAGCUUUAAUGCAUAUACUUUAAGUCACAUGACUAAAAUUUCAAUAGCUAUUAAAUGUUGAUCAGUGUUUUUUACGCAAAAUCAGGGGAAUGAUAUAAAAUAUGAGAAAAAAAUUUUGAUCGUGACAUGUGAAAACCGUUUUACUAAAAGCCAAUCAGCCCAAAUUCUUCC